AUGGAGAAAGCCGCACCCCGACCGUCCCGGAAGGACACCCUGUUGAGUCGCCGGUAUAUCGAGGGACUGAUUGCAGAGGGGAAACAUGUCAUAAUCUACGAAGGCCUCGUCCUGAAGGUAGAUGCCUUUAUCGUGUUCCACCCCGGUGGAGAGAAGCCGAUCAAGCAUAUGGUUGGCAGAGAUGCCACAGAUGAGAUCAAUGCACUGCACUCCGUCGAAGCUCGCGAGCGCAUGCUCUCCUUUCAGAUCGGUCGAAUUGAAGGAAUCUGGAUCAACUUCCUCCCUCCCAUCCAGGGCGGCAAGUUUCGUCUUUAUUCCGAGGACAGCUGCUCGAGCGAGGAAGACCUGCCCAGCCAGGACAGCUCCAGCCAGGAGGGAUCACUACCACCUUCCCCGAUAUUCGACGCCGUUGACUCGUCCGUGACUCGUCGCAAGAAGUCCGCGCCAGCCACCGAUAGCUCCGUGUCCACUCCGCCCAACGAAGGAUCGCACCCCAAAUUCGGUUUCCUCGACGCUCGAACCCGCAAUGAAAUCGAACUUGAUCAGUUCAAAUACCCGCCGCUGGAUACCGCACGCCAGGAAAGCAUCAAGCACGAAUAUCGGGAAUUGAACAAGCGUAUGCUAGACGAGGGCUUGUUCAAUUGUAACUACUGGGCCUAUUUUGUUGAAUGCUGUCGGUAUACUCUUUUCGCAUCGCUGGCAUAUGUGUUCCUCCGCAUGGGCUGGUGGGGGACGUCUGGAUUUUUCCUCGGGUGCUUCUGGCACCAGCUUGUGUUCACUGCCCAUGAUGCUGGCCACAUGGGUAUCACACACAACUUCCACUUUGACACUGUGAUUGGUAUCAUCAUCGCCGACUUUAUGGGAGGACUGAGCUUGGGAUGGUGGAAGCGUAGUCACAACGUCCACCACAUUGUAACCAACGAACCCGAGCAUGACCCCGAUAUUCAGCAUAUCCCAUUCUUUGGCAUCUCCCACCGCUUUUUCGACAGUCUGCGAAGCACCUACUACGACCGAGAAAUGACUUUCGAUGUCCCGUCUCAAUUCAUGCUCAAGAUCCAGAACUACUCCUAUUACCCCAUCAUGGCGCUCGCUCGUUUCAAUCUCUACCGACUGAGUUGGGAGUACCUGCUCAAGGGCCAGGCUCCGAAGAAAGGCCCUGCCUGGUGGCAUGUGUAUGUGGAGUGGGCCGGCCAGAUCUUCUUCUGGUACUGGUAUGUCUACCUUGUACUUUACAAGACUCUGCCGGACUGGAAUAGCCGCCUGAUCUUCCUCAUGGUGUCCCACAUUGUCCCCUCCCCCUUGCAUGUUCAGAUCACACUGUCCCAUUUCGCCAUGUCCACCGCCGACUUGGGUAUCCACGAGUCAUUCCCGCAAAAAAUGCUCCGCACCACCAUGGAUGUCGACUGUGCCCCUUGGUUGGACUUCUUCCACGGCGGGCUGCAGUUUCAGGCUAUCCACCACCUCUACCCUCGUAUGCCUCGUCACAAUCUCCGCAAGGCUCAGAAGUAUAUUCUGGAGUUCUGCCGUGAAACUGGUAUCCCAUAUGCAAUCUUCACGUUCUAUGACGGGAAUAAGGAAGUCAUUGGCCGACUUGGCGAUGUGGCCAAGCAGCUGCGCAUUAUGGAGGAGUGCCGCAAGUCGAUUGCCGACGAAGGCGUCUUCACACACCACCAUUGA